UUAACAAUCUAUUUAUAACAUCAGCCUCCUCUGUCCUUUUUAGGGUUAUUGGAUUGAUCAUCUCGUUCUGCAAGAGACGUCAGAUAAAAUGUAUGCAACAUCACACUGUUGAGUAUACUACACAACGGACAUCACACAGAAUAUGUUACCGUCGAACUCCGGUCCUCUUAAGAAGCAGACAGCAGGAAGAAUUCAUUACGCAGACUCAGGAAGAUGAAAGAAAAAAGAAAGCAGAGAAAGAGAAGGAGGCUUCCACUGAGAAAGACAAGGAGGCUUCCACUGAGAAAGAGAAGGAGGCUUCCACUGAGAAAGACAAGGAGGCUUCCACUGAGAAAGACAAGGAGGCUUCCACUGAGAAAGACAAGGAAACUUCCACUGAGAAAGACAAGGAGACUUCCACUGAGAAAGACAAGGAGGCUUCCACUGAGAAAGACAAGCAGGCUUCCACUGAGAAAGACAAGGAGGCUUCCACUGAGAAAGAGAAGGAGGCUUCCACUGAGAAAGACAAGGAGGCUUCCACUGAGAAAGACAAGGAGGCUUCCACUGAGAAAGAGAAGGAGGCUUCCACUGAGAAAGACAAGGAGGCUUCCACUGAGAAAGACAAGGAGGCUUCCACUGAGAAAGACAAGGAGGCUUCCACUGAGAAGGACAAGAAGGCUUCCACUGAGAAAGACAAGGAGGCUUCCACUGAGAAAGAAAAGGAGGCUUCCACUGAGAAAAACAACUCCUUUAUCAAAAUGAAUAAAAUGCCGUAUGAUAAAUUCACUUUCCACUUUCAAAACUUGCAACGAGCCCCACACAGAAGAGAGACGUGGCUGUGCCAGAUUCUGAGAAUGAAAGAGGGGGAGCCAACUUUACAGGUGUUCAAAAACAAAGGGUCCAAACACGCAGAACACAUCUGCUUGCGGGCGAACGAAGCUGCGAUUCGAGGUGCUGAUCGAUAUGAAAUAACCUGGUACAUCAGCUGGAGCCCCUGCGAUGAAUGCGCACCUCAAAUAAUUGAAUUUGUGAAGAAGCACCCCAAUGGGAAGCUGAAUAUCUUUGCCUCCCGGCUGUAUUACUGUGAAGAACCUGACAAUCUGAAAUCAAAAACACCUGAAGAACAAGCUGAAAUUAAACAAAAAAUUCAACGUUGCAGAGAGGGCUUAGGCAAUCUUGAAGGACAUGGAAAAAUUUGCUUAAAAGUGAUGACCUUAAAAGAGAUUCAGGACUGUUUUCAUCGCUUUGUUGAAUUUAAACCCUGGGGAAAGCUUGAAGAAGAUUCACAUCUCUAUGCUGAGAAACUGAAAGAGAUAACUAAAGAAGAAAGAAAAAAGAAAAUAGAGAAAGACAAGGCUUCCGUUAAGAAAGACAAGGCUUCCACUGAGAAAGACAAGCAGACUUCCGCUGAGAAAGAGCAGCGGAACCGACAGCGCGGGACACGGGUGUGAUCCAGACAAGCAGCAAUCUUUAUCUUCACUUACUUUGAAUCUGGUGAAGUCCAUUUGUAACCACAGGUAUUAGGGACCCCACAGCCUGACACCCCCACACUGUAGAUUCACUCUCCCUGUGCAGGAGGGAUUAGUCGCCCCACAGCCUGACUCCCCCACACUGUAGAUUCACUCUCCCUGUGCAGUAGGGAUUAGUCGCCCCACAUCCUGACAGUAAAUGAUCUUGACAUCUGUCUUGCUAAUGACCUCAAACAGAAGAUUUUUUUUAUAUUAGUAUUAUAAAUGAUUGUACAAUUAUCUAUAAACUGUAUAUAGUGAUACUGACCUGUUCUCCCUUUUAUUUACAUUAUAUUCCAGUGAAGAAAAAAUGCUCCUGUUUGAAAAAAUUAUGUUGCCUUGGUUAACAAGUCCUCCCCUGAAGAGGCAAAACGCAAAGCUGGGAAACUGCUGGGUGUCUCAAUCAAUUUUUCUAUGUUCUUUGACGUACGCCGUGCCUUCCUUUGAGAACGAUGUGGUCAUCACUUUCAGUCUUUGAUCCAUUCACAUUUAAAUGAACGUGUGAAACCCUCUCACUCACAUUGUACAUCGAUUUGGGGCUGCUGCCUCAGUGCAGUAUAUUCAUGCUGCCCUCUCUAAUCAAACAUUCUUGAAGGACAUUCAAUCUCCAAUGUUUCAAUUUUUAUUUCUCCCAAUUUGCAGUUGUCAAUACCUGGUAUGGGAAGUAAAAAAAAAACAACAAUUUACAGCUAUGGCUAAAAGUUUUGCAUCACCUAGAAUUUUGGGAUUAAGACCAUUUAAAACAAACAAACAAAAAGAAACAAAUAAACUACAAAAUGAUAUCGCAAAAGUCAUAACAGUAGAACAGCAGUAUUUCAUGUUAGAUUUUGAAAAUGUCACAUUUUUCAAUUUUUGUCACUUUCCGUUAGGUUCAUGGAAAACUGCAAAGCGGUGUGUAAUUCAAUAUGUUAACAAGGGAACAUUAUUCAGCAGCUUUCACUGGACUCCAUGAAGCUGAGGGAGUUCAUUCUAUAUAGAGGGUGUGGAAUUCAAUAUGUUAACAAGGGAACAUUAUUCAGCAGCUUUCAUUGGACUCUAUGAAGCUGAGGGAGUUCAUUCUAUAUAGAGGGGGUGGAAUUCAAUAUGUUAACAAGGGAACAUUAUUCAGCAGCUUUCAUUGGACUCUAUGAAGCUGAGGGAGUUCAUUCUAUAUAGAGGGGGUGGAAUUCAAUAUGUUAACAAGGGAACAUUAUUCAGCAGCUUUCAUUGGACUCUAUGAAGCUGAGGGAGUUCAUUCUAUAUAGAGGGGGUGGAAUUCAAUAUGUUAACAAGGGAACAUUAUUCAGCAGCUUUCAUUGGACUCUAUGAAGCUGAGGGAGUUCAUUCUAUAUAGAGGGGGUGGAAUUCAAUAUGUUAACAAGGGAACAUUAUUCAGCAGCUUUCAUUGGACUCUAUGAAGCUGAGGGAGUUCAUUCUAUAUAGAGGGGGUGGAAUUCAAUAUGUUAACAACAAUAUGUCCUUCGACUUUACGAAGCAAAAAGAGUUCUAUAGGGUGAUGAUGCAAAACUUUUGGCCAGAGCUGUGCAGUAACUGUGAAUUAUUUAAGAUGUUAAGAUUAACCCACUAAGUACCAAAUAAUUUUCUUUAAAAAAAAAUCAGAACCCAGGCUGUAU